AUGUUCGAUAACUCUCAGUACCCCUACAACUGCUUUAAUUAUGAUGGAGAGUACCCUUCAUCUGCCACUGACGAGGACAAGAAAGUGUGCCGACCUGCUUACAGUUAUAUAGCACUAAUCGCCAUGGCUAUUCAGCAGAGUCCAGAAAACAAAGUCACCUUAUCUGGGAUCUACGAGUUCAUCAUGAGAAGAUUUCCUUAUUACAGAUCCAAUCAGAGAGCCUGGCAGAACUCCAUUCGGCAUAAUCUCUCCCUCAACAGCUGCUUUAUAAAGGUACCUCGCGCCGAGGGCAAUGAGAAGGGAAAGGGAAAUUUUUGGACGUUUGCCACAGGCUGUGAGUCCAUGCUGGACCUGUUUGAAAACGGUAACUUUCGUCGUCGCCGCCGCCGUCGGCGUAACUUGAGCCUGGGCUUCAGAGAGCCGGCCGAACCCUUCAGCACCAUGGACCCACAGCAGAACACCACAGUCCGUCCACUUCACUCCGACUAUCCAAAAGGUUUCAACCACAGAGCCAGAAGCGGCCAGCACAACCCUCCACUCAGCAAACCCGUACCAGAGAUCAAAUUCAGCAUCGACUACAUUUUGUCCACAGCAGACCCCUCGCCAGGGUUUCGCCCCCCACACAGCGGAUCAGCGGGAGCUGUGAUACAACAUCUGGAGCCACAGCAGAUCAACCUGCACUUCUGGACCCUGUAACAUAAACUCUCACAAAAAGAAUAAAAUUAACACAAAAAAGACCAAAAACAUCUAAACCACAAAAAGAUGUGGUUCAAAACUGUUAAGACAGAAAAAUGAUUGUGGACAUUUGUUGUUCUUAACUUUAACCUAUAAAUCAUUCAGACACUAGUAGACACAGAAUGA